GUCCGGUACUUAAACACAUGUUUAUCGCGGAUAUUAGUUUUUUCCAGUUCGGAAGUUGUUUUAAGUGUUGCUAUUUGUCUUAAACGUUCACAAUGAGGAUAUAUUAAUCCUUUUUGCAAUAUUUGCGAUUGAAAGAUGGUUUGUGGUAAGAACUGGCUUGCUUUAUGUUACAGCCUUGAUACUAAAAAAUAUUUUGUUGUGCCUGAAAUGAACAAAUAAAAAAAUAAAAAAAGUAAAAUGGCGCCCUGUAUUGAAUGUAAAGUCAAACGUUGUAUAAAUGGAAAAAAACAUUUCUCCAGCGAUUUGAUUUUUUCCCCUUCCUUUUUUUAGUUCACUUGACAUGGAGCCACAGUUAACUAGUUUGGGGCACAUUUUUACUUGAAAAAUAGUAUUUAAAGCAAGUCACCCCCAAAUAAACUUUUUUUUUGCUGAUAAACUAAAUAAACGAGUGUCUAAUCGUGCUGCAGACACGUGUCAUCAAUAAUUUGGCACUUCAGUGCAUCUUAGUUAAAAUUUAAAUAUUCUGCCUAAAACUGGCAUUGUUGUGCUGUUGUCAGGUAAAAACUCUGCACUGUAUUCUAAUUCAAAUCUGCCACCGCUAUUGGCUAAGAGGUAUGCUAUGAUGUAAACUGGUACAUUAUGAUGUCACAAUGCUGUUGUGAGCCUGAGUGUGUGUGUGUAUUUGUUAGCAGCUCUGCCCUCUUGGUCUGCCAGGCAACAGCAUUUGUUGCAUUUUUCAAACAUGAAGCGGGAGUGGAGUUAGACUCUGGUAGGGGUUGACUUGCUCUUUAAACUGAUCAAGCUUUGGCUUUAAUGACACUGUGUAGGUUACUAUCUAUACAUGACUUUGCUCUGUUUAAAAGUAACAAGUUAAAAGCACUUCAGCACAUAAAAUUAAGAUUGUCACUUGCCAAAUAGUAACUAUAUCCUCCUGUUUACCUAUAAGAAACACCUCAAAAUAUCUUUAAAUUCUUUAUUGAUGAUUUAAUUGUAGACAACUAAAAUGGCAUUUUACUUGCCAAAAAGUGAUUGAAUGGCUCAGUUUUUCAUGGAGGCUAAAAUGGACCAAAUAACGGUUGUAUGUAUUAUCUGUUGAUGUUAUUAUACUCAUACUGUCUACUGAAGCAUCAUAAACACCCCAAAAUGACAAAAAAUGAUCAUUUCCCUUGCCAAAAAUUGAUGACAGGGUCCUGGUCACCUGUAAAGGGUUAAAUUGACCUAAAUAUUACAGACAGGGCUCGAACCUGCAACCCUCCAAUUAUGGGGUGGGCAGGCCAAGACACACCUGUAUGUUAUUCGUGCUGUCAUCAGCCCCUUGUUAUGCCACACCUGUGAGGUGGGCGGAUUAUCUUGGAAAAGGAAAAGUGCUCAGAUUUCAGAACAAUAUCUGAGAGUCUUGGCUGUUUUGUGCAAGUAGACAAAGUUUCAGACGUUUGAGUUCAGCUGAUGAAAAAUGGGAGCAAAAACAAAAGCGUUGUUUAUAUUUUUGUUCAGUGUAGAUCCAGCCCACAGACAUGAGCGAUGCCGAUCGCCCACCUGCUCCUCCGUCAGCACUUCUUUCUGAAAACUUUAGAACAGCGCUGUCGGUGUACCCUGACCAAACACACACAGCGCUUUAUCUCUGAUUUCCUUCCUGACUGGUUUUGUACGUGCUGUCUCCAGGCCUGUACGGUUUCUGAACACGUACAACGCACCUCAAAAGCUUGUUUUCAUCUGUUCGGCUCCCACCUGCUGCAGACUGACAGAUCAGAUAGCUAACUGAUUCACGAUGCAUAUAAGAGAGGCUCACUUUCAUUUUAGAGUCAGACUGCUAGAACAAACAGCGGUAACAGCUAAACAACUUUAAUAAUAUUGCUUAAUUAAAAAAUGUGUAAAGGGCUGUCCUCCCUGCCUUCCUCCUGUCUGGAGAAGGCAAAAGGGAUGCGCGUGAAGCUGAGCAGCCUGGCCGAGAUCCACCACAAGCACAAGAUACACGAUGGAAAAAUGCUCCAGGACCUGGAAACUCUUCUAAGCAACAAAAUCGGUCUUCAGGCUUUCCGAGGGUUCCUACGUUCUGAGUUCAGCGAGGAGAACCUGGAGUUCUGGCUGGCUUGUGAGGACUACAGGGUUUCCCCUUCAAACCUACAGAAAACCAAGGCCAGCAGCAUCUACAGCCAGUUCAUCAACCCACACUCCCCGCUGGAGGUGAACCUGGAUGCUGAAACCCGCGAGGCUCUGCUGGGUCUGAUGGACUCUCCAGGAGCCGAGACCUUUGACCGAGCACAGCAGAGGAUCUACAGUCUGAUGGCCAAGGACUCCUUCCCUCGGUUCCUUCGCUCUCAUCACUGCAUGGAGGCCAUCAAGGCGUUUUAAGCACUAAUGAAUCUGUGCAGCUCAACUUAAUGCUUAUUUAGUCAUGUUAACCAUAAGUAGUGCUGCACUUCUGAACCAUCUUCUGCAUGCUGACAGAAUCUAGCCUAAUGCCUGUUACA